CUUUCACGGGUGUAGGAGGGGUUGCUCCUCCUGCCACUGUAAAGCAGACUAGCACAGACAGACAGACGGACGGACAAGGGCAGUCCAUUCCCAGAAGUAACCCCAGCAGCAGAAAUAGCGAAAAUGCGUUUCAAAUGCACCAUGGGACUGCGAAACACUCUCAUUGUGAUGGCCCUCCUGCUCUCUGUUUCCACCAUUCCUUUUUCAGGUGCUGCUUCCUUGAAAAGUCAUGCCUUCUUCAACGAGACUGGAGAACUGCCAUGCCACUUUCCAAACACUCAAAACCUCAGCCUGGACGAACUGGUGAUAUUUUGGCAGGAUCAGAAUAAGUUGGUUCUCUAUGAGCUAUUCAAAGGCCAAGAGAAGCCAAAUAAUGUUCAUCCCAAGUAUAUAGGCCGCACAAGCUUUGACCAGGACAGUUGGACCUUGCGACUCCACAACGUUCAAAUCAAAGACACAGGCUCAUAUCAAUGUUUCAUCCAUCAUAAAAGGUCCCAAGGACUGAUUUCCAUCCACCAGAUGAGUUCUGACCUGAUAGUGUUGGCUAACUUCAGUCAACCAGAAAUAAGUCUAAUUGCUAACCAAACAGAAAAGCCUAACAUCAUCAAUUUGACCUGCUCAUCUAUGCAAGGUUACCCAGAACCUCAGGGGAUGUAUGUGAAUCUAACAACUAAAAAUUCAACUAUCACCUAUGAUGCUGUCAUGAAGAAAUAUCAAAAUAAUAUCACGGAAUUAUACAAUGUUUCUAUCAGCGUGUCUUUUCCCAUCCCUCCUGAAACAAAUGUGAGCAUCAUCUGUGUCCUGCAACUUGAGCCAAGGAAGAUAAUUUUAUCCCUACCUUGCAAUAUAGAUGCAAAGUCACCUGUGCCAAGCCCCCCUGUCCCAGACCACAUCCUCUGGAUUGCGGCUGUACUUGUAACAGUGGUCAUUGUGUGUGGGAUGGUGUUUCUAACACUAAAGAAAAGGAAGAAGCAGCAGCCUGGCCCCUCUAAUGAAUGUGAAAUCAUCAAAGUGGAGGGGAAAGAGAGUGAACAGACUGAGAAAAGAGUAGAACUCCAAGAACCUGACAGAUCUGAUGAAGUCCAGAGUGAUGUUAACAUUUCAAAGACAGCCUCAGGCAACAAAAGUGCUACAGAUUUUUAAUUAAAGAGUAAAUGCCAUAUAACUAUCUGUUUUUAUAUGCUUUCCUUUUCAAGUUUUGACUGACCUUUUCUUGUCUCUCUAAACCUUCUCAGAAGGCAAGAAAAUAUUACUAUUAAUAUUAGCAAGGGGCUUCAGAAUUCCCUCCAAGUAAAAUAGCCUCGUACCAUGCCAGCUCUGCUCUCAUUGACAGGAGCAGAUUUUAACUGUUUCUUUUCAUUUCAGAACACACUUAAGAGUCAAGCCCAUCUAACUGAUUCCUGGCUCAGGAAUCAUGUGUGAGAUUAACAACUCGUGUUUCAGAUUUGGUCUCUUUUCUUAAUUUUAUAAAUAAUGUUUUACGUAGAACUCCCAAUUCCUGGAAUCAUGGCUUUUAUCUACUCUGAAUCUCAGAUAGCACCUCAUUCCAUCUUGUAUACCUGUGACUGAACAACUACCUUUUCAGUCUGGGUGGGAGUUAUGUAUUUUAUGGCCUUAUAAUGUUUUGAAGUAUAGAGAAAUAUGUACUAUAAUAAUGUAAUUACUGAGAAAAGUCCACACUCUGCUAAGGAGUUCUAGUCCCUCUGUGAGGGUCAGUAAGGAAAAUGAUGGUCCAACGUGCUGACAACAAUGAGCAGACCAACUCAAAAUCUGGGAAAUUAGAGAGACAGAGAAGGAACCAGUUCUGUAGCCAUUACCAUCGGGGCUGAUGCUAAUAUUAAGGAGGAUCCACCUGCCCAAGAAGCUACUGCUGAGCCUCAGCAAAGACUGUUGGAUAAAGCUGAAGAAUGCUGUGCAUAAUAAACUCUGCUUCUCUUCUUGGGGAAAAAAAUGAGACAGUGGCCUGGGGCAACUGUGAGACAGCCAAUAGAGAGAUCACAAUACUCAAAAUAGGAAAAAAAAAAUGAAAGCUCUUGACCAAUAGAAAUGCAAAUGAAUGUUAAGUGUGUGCAAUUCUUCAACAAGCCCCGGGAAGAACAACAGAUGGACAGUUAUCCAAAUGGACCUAAGGCCGACAGCAGUUUCCUUGGAGGUUGGAAAGGGUUUUGAUGAUAGCCAGGUUGUUGUAAUGUUUCACCAGAGCUGGAGAGGGAGAGCUAUCAUCUUAAUAAUGGGGUGAUGGAAGGAGGCCUAGGUCUCUUUCAAUGAAUGACUGAGAGUGAAGGAGUUGAAACAUAAUUAAGAGGACCAAAAUGCACAUUGCCCUGAGGCUGACUAAGCCCAUACCAGCUGUCCCAGAGCAGGGCUCUGGGGACUGUCUAUGUGUCAUCUCUCAACAACCGGAAAACUGGGCACAGGAGAGGAAUAUAGUAGCCCAGUAGAAAUGAGUUAGGACCCUGGCUCUAAGACAGCAUCAUUAAUGGAUGGAGAAGCCUCAGUCCAAACCUAAAGAGAACUCUGGGAGGCCCACGCUGCAGAAAGUAGUUCUCAUUCUACACUUUGUUGUUGUUGUUCAGCUGCUCAGUCAUGGCGCGUUUGUUUUACAUAAAGGACCCUGAAGCGUUGUAGAUGGCUACGCUAGCCAUGCUUAAACCUGUAAUAGUUAACAGCUGUGUUCUCUGCCCUGCCCUCGCCUUCAUUAGACUCUAAGCAUCCUCAUUAGACUCCAACAUGUUGUGUGUGUGUGUGUGUGUGUGUGUUUUAACUUUUUAGCUUAUAUUGGAAGAUAGCUGAUUAUGUUGUGGUGUUUUUGCGUGUACAGUAAAGUAGUUCAGUUACACAUACACAUGUAUCUAGUCUCAAUGAAUUUCUAUUAGAAUGAUGUGUGC